AUGCCCAAUCGCAAAAAACAAUCGAGACCAAUCACAAGAUCUGGUUGUCAGGCAGCUCUCAGAGUGGUUCAUAUGAAAGAUAACGACUUAUGGUUGGCAAAAGAAUUUAGCCACAAACAUAAUCAUGAAAUGGAAUCAGUCCCUGAGUUGCAAUUCCUCAAGAAUAAUCGUGUGGUGUCUGAUGGUUUGCUUGCACAAGUUCGUUCGAUGAACUCAGUUGGGAUAAAAACUUCUCAAAUUAUGUCCCAUAUUGUUAUGCAGUCGGGAGGUUAUGAGAGAAUGUCGUGUCAAGUCAGAGAUGUGUACAAUAGAGUCGCAGGAGCAAUUAGGGAAGAAAAACUGGAAACUGAUGUGGAAGGUGCAUUAGGAUUCUUGGAUUGUCUUUCUGCGCGAGAUCCAAUUUUUUUUAUGUACCACCAAGCUGACAUAGAAAACAGACUCGCCAACGUAUUCUAG